AUGUCCUUGAUACUCUUUGACAGAGUCCCUCCGCAAGUUUCACCAAAGUAUAGAAUAAAUAGAAGGGUGAAGUCAACAAUUGGUCAAAGUUCGUGUGCCAAGAAGCUUAGUUUAGUUAUAUUGGAUGAGGUGGUAGAAGAUCAAGGUGGUGAUCAUGAUAAAUUGGAUGAUGUAGUACAAUAUCAGGGUGGUGAGAAUCCUAACUUAGAUGAUGUGGUACAAGAUCAAGGUGGUGAGCAUGCUAACAUGGAUGAUGUGGUACAAGAUCAAGAUGGUGAACAUGCUAACUUUGAUUAUGAUGACUUUCAUUAUGAAAACUUUGAUCAUGAUCACUUUGAUCCUUUUUAUGGAGAUCAUUAUCAACCACCAGAAGAUGAUAAUGUUGAAGACCACUAG